AUGUCAACACCUUCACCCGUUCCGGACCUCAACAGGGAUCGGCUUCCGACACUGUUCGAGGUCUUGAGCCGUCGCACGACAGCGCCGGUCGACCUCUUUUCAUUCUACAUAUACAUGCGAGAUCAACAGAGAUCCGUUGACUAUCUCGACUUCUGGCUCGAUGUUUCUCAGCACAUGUCGCUAUGUCGACACUACGUGCGCGAACUGCGACGCUCUGUGCUCGUGGAAACACCUGAACUGGAGAAGUCUGCCAGCAAGCGGUCAUCAGGGUUGUUUGACCCUAGCUACGACACCGCAGGACCGUCAAACCCCGAGAAAGCCAUGACCUCCGAGCGCCUCUCAGCUUUCCUACGGUCGGACAGCGGCAGCAAGCACUCGCCAAACAACAGCGGUCAGUCUGAGGGGUCAACGCCUGGCCAAGAGCGACCCCGACCAACCUUCCAUUCAUCCAACAGUGGCACGUCGCCUCAGAACAACUCGGGGAGCUCGCCUGGAAACAACACCUCUGGUAGCUCGCCCGGUCACACAGUGGCGAGGCAAGACAUUCGGGCAUCCGCUGAGAAGAUUUUGUACACGUACCUGCUCCCCGGCGCGGAGCGUGAGAUUAUCCUGCCACAGGGCAUACUCAACGCCAUACAGCAUGCGAUUGAAGAAGAAGGUCGUGAUGACCCUGAAGUGUUUGAUGCGGCAAAGGACUACGUCUUCCAGGCGAUGGAGCGUGACGCUUUCCCUGGCUUCCUCAGGUCGAAGGCGCUGGGCAAUAUUGUGCCUCCUAGCAUGAUGCUGCGCCUGAUCGUUGGACUGCUGAGCCUUUUCGGCGCGUUCUGGGCAGCCUUUGUCCUCAUCUUCUUGAACUACUCGCGGACUACUAGAUGCUGGCUCAUUCUUCCCUUCACCGUCGGCAUUUAUGCGCUCGUGUCUCACCAGUACAUGCUUGACCCUCUUCUCGCUCUGGCCGGCUUCAGCGAGUACACGUUCAUGUCUUAUCAUCGCAUUCAGGAGCCAUUUGUGCGCAAGCUGCUCAACAAACGCUCGCUUAUGGCGCUUACCUGGAUCGUCGGCAUCGAUGCGGUUUUGUGCUGCAUCUUCAUCCUUGUGCCGGGCCAUCGCCUAUGA